AUGCUGAGAAUCCUGUCGGGCUUGAGAAACGUUACAAAGUGUGAACCUUGCAAAGCUGAAUCCUUUGUGUUUCGUCUCCACAGCAGGGUAACAUUUCUGCUUCUGAUGUUCUGUUGCUUUUUGGUGUCUACAUCUAUUUUCAGUGGCACCAAGAUCAGUUGUCAUUCCAAUGCUCCCUCUGAAAUUCGAGUAUCUGUACUAGAAAGCUAUUGCUGGGCCGCAUCUACCUACUCCGUUAGCUCUGCUUACUUGGAUGAAGUUGGUGUUGAAGCUUCUCAUCCAGGCAUCAGCUCGUCCGAAUCUGAGUCAGAGUACAUCUAUCGAAAUUAUUAUCAGUACUUGCACCUGGUACUUUUUAUUCAAGCCAUGUUAUUUUACUUCCCGCAUCUGUUAAUGAAAAAUAUUGAUCAAAACCACAUGAAAGAACUUUAUGCUUUGAUUUGUUUAUGCAAGACAAAACUGGUGGAUGAAAGAAAGGCGGGGAAAAAGGAUGACGCCGAGAACAACUCAGAAGAAAAAGCAUUCGAUGCAGCUGUCAACUAUGUCGAAAGAAGGUGGGGAUUACACAAGGGCUUUGCAUACAGAUGCAUGUUUUGUGAAUUGUUGGCAGUGAUUAACAUUGUAGUUCAAUCAUGCUGCUUAGAUAUCUUCUUUCAUGGGAAGUUUAUGAGCCUGGGUUUACUGUUUAGUGCUUAUUAUAGUUCAGGGCGUUUCAACGAUCCAAUCAAAUUAUUUCCUUUGGUGACAAGCUGCUAUUUCCGCAGAAUAGGGGAAAGUGGCCAUGUGGAUGUUGUGGACGCUUACUGCAUAUUGCCCAUCAAUGCCCUCAAUGCGAAGAUUUUCCUUUUCUUGUGGGUAUGGUUUUCGAUUCUUUUCAGUUUGUCUCUGAUAAAUAUUAUUGACAUCUUUUCGUGCUUCCUCUUCUCAAAAUACCGUACGUGGACACUUAAAAUAAAAGGCACUCUUCUCAACUCCGAAUGUGGAGAUUAUACGCACUUGCUCGCAUUUGGGAACAUUGGGGAUUCGUUUGUUCUGUCUUCUGUCAAGCAAGCCAUGAAUGAAGUGGAUUUCUUGUGUUUUGUAAAAGCUCUUAGACUCAAAGUGGCUAGUAUUGAAGAAGCGACGUCAAAGUAA